AAACACAAGAAUGCAGCGCGUCAGGCAAGGGAGUGUGAGCACAGACAGAGGGCCCUUUCUUACACAGGGUGGGCAGGGCAGGGAGAAGUGACUCUGCCCUGAGAGAGUGACACACACAGGGAGAGAGGAAGAGAGAGAGAGGCAGAAAGAGCAGUAUACAAUACAGACCAAAUAUGGGGCAAAAUUGAGAGCUUAGAGUAUAUCAACAAUAAGCAGCAGCAGAUAUUGAAGAGGAUAUACAAGGAAGAGGAAAGGAGGAAGAGGAGCUUUACUGGCCUGGACUUCUGAAGUGUUUGCCGAAAAUCUCUCAGAGCCAGAGGAGAGUGGAUUAAAAUAGACAGGAGACUUCAGAGGACCUGAGGUAGAAUCCCCAAUCCCAAAAGAGGGACACAAACAAACUACUCUGAGAGGCAGACUCCAUAGACCUUCCCAUCGCAGCAAGGAAAGAUCGGAAUCAUUAGCAACUGAAGGAUUUCAAAGGAAAACGUCCAUCUCUCAUAAAACAAUUCAUCGUUGGUCUUCAAACUUUCUUAAAUAAUGCUUUGGUCUUUAAACCCCCAGACAAGGCACUUAAGGAAGGAGGGGAGGAUAAAGAGAUUCUCCCUGCAUCAAUGAAUUUUCCAGUCUCUUGCUAUCCUCCCUUGGCAUGUGCUACUAUAUCAGCAACAUCUUCACUAUCAAGAGUUCACAAGCACUAGUUCAGGGUCAAAUCACCAUAGAAACAAUCCCCUUCCUGGUAACAGCAACACCCUUGGCUGACUAAUUCAAUAAUCUAUCCUUGUUUGCUAUUGUGGUUGGCUUCUUCAAUAGAUGACCCUCAAAAGGAGUUGCUAAGACACUCACUGUCAGUGAACCAUGAAGGAAGACAUCUUGGAUUUUUUCAGUAACUUGUGGAAGGUGGCCACCACCAAGCAUGACCAGGGGAUCUACAAUACAGUCUGCCUGGUGGUGCUGCUAGCCCUGCCUAUGGUGGUGCUCUUCACUUCUCUGGUGGUGUGCUGCCACUGCUGCUGCUGUCGCCGGGCCAACUCCACUGGUUGCUGCGGAGACAGCCCAAGUUCAGACACAGCAAAAUCAGACAAAAAGAAGAAGAAGAGUCCCAAAAAUGAGGACUUGUGGAUCUCGGUCAAAACAGGACCUAUGACACAAGACAGGGUUGCCCUGACGAUGGUGUAGUAGUCGUGACUGAUGUUCAGAUAAGGUUUCAUUCUUUUGUAUUUAUAUGAAGCUCUUUUUUACUGCAAGGUACAGGCACAUAAUGCCGGGCAAGGCCAGGCCUUAGCCUUUUAAAGGCCCUAAGCGAUAUUUGUUUUGAAGUUUUAAAGUUAAUUUCCUGCAAUUCUACACAUUUUGCCAUGGGGUGUACAGAAAAUGUUGCAGUUUUAAAUCACCUUUUUCCAGUUCUACACAUUUUGCCAUGGCGCAGAAAGAACUUUUGCAAUUUUAUAACAAAUUUCAUGCCAUUCUACACAUUUUGCCAUGGGGUAGAGAUACAUUUUUUGACCAUUUGAAAGCAACUUUCCUGCAAUUCGACAUAUUUUGCCAUGAUUUAAAGAUACCUGAGUGACAGUGACGAACAAAAUCAACGAGGGCCCCAUGGAGGUCAGGGCCCCUAGGAACGUGAACUGCGUGCCCAGUCGGUAUUCAGCCAUGAUUAUGCCUGGAGCCGGCACUGGUGUUCAAUAUGCUCCAUAGAAACUCCUGAAAGAGACUAAAAGAGCCAAUAAUAUGUGAUUGAUUGUGUGUGUGCGUGCAUGUAUAUGUGUGCCUGUGCAUAUGCACGUACGUGUUACUCUCGAACUCAACUCUGUACCUUGAAGCUAGUUCCACAGCAUUUUUUGUAUUGUUUCCUUCUAAUCACAGACUGAUUUAGACCUGAGACACCAGGUGUGUGCAAUUACCGAUCAGGUAGAACAGAAAACCAGCAGGCUCCAGACCUCAAAGGGUAAGAGUUGAAUACCCCUGUGUUAGAGUGUGCACUCAACCAGAAGGUUGAGGACUGCUUUUUAUUUCCAAUGCUGGAGGCCAGCAAUCUAGUAUUGUGAUUCGGUUAGAAAGAUCAUGUUUUUUUAUAGGUUAGACCAUUUCAAGUUCAAAGCACUUGCAGUUAUUGCACUUACAAUGUGAACAAUGUGAACUUAUGUAACUACUUUGAAAUAUUUUGCUGUAUCUGCUAUAUCCACUAAAUGAAGAUCUCAAUUCCAUUCAUGAGUUGACUAUCAAUCGCUGAAUUUAAUAGAACAAAGUGAAGCACUGAGAUCUUUCAUUUACAUUCCCGUAGAGUAUGCUAAAGCUCAGUAAUGAGUGUUUCUACCCAACAGUUCCAUGUGUUACGUUACCUUAUGCUCACAUUGCCAUGUGUACUGUCUUGCACUGUCCCUAUUGGUUCAUAAAAUCAUUAAGCGUUGUUAUUAUUAUUAUCUCCAGGCUCUCAGACUUUGGGGUGCUAAGUGGAUCCUUCUUACAUCUUUAUCCCUCAGUGCCAAUAGCCAUCAUUUCACAUGUAGUGAUAUUUACUGGCAUAUCAUAGUUGAGGUACUAUGCCGUCAAUCAGUAUUUUCUACACCAUUGUGUUGAUAAAAUAUAAGUUGUGUGCAUAUGGGGCAUUGUGUGCUAAAUGCACACAUUUUGGCGCGUCAGGUAGCCUAGAGGUUAGAGUGUUGGGCCAGUAGCCGAAAGGUUGCUAGAUCAAAUCCCUGACCUGACAUGGUAGAAAUAUGUUGUUCUGCCCCUGAACAAGGCAGUUAACCCACUGUUCCUAGGCUGUCAUUGUAAAUAAGAGUUUGUUCUUAACUGACUUGCCUAGUUAAAUAAAAUAAAAAUGUUUGCAAAUAGAAGUUUAUAAUUGAUUUACAAAUCCGGUGACAAAUCAGUUUCAUUUUUUUUUAUUUUUAUUAUCCCUGUUUUAAGAUCCUUAUUUUGUACCUAAUAGGCUUCUGUAUUAGUUAUUCACUAAACUUUGAUCGAGACAAAUUAUGCAUUAGAACAUACAGGUAACUGACAAAAUAAAGGAAACACCAACAUAAAUAGGGCGUUGGGCCACCACAAGCAGCAAGAACAGUUUCAAGGUGCUGUGGCAUAGAUUCUACAGUCUGGAACUCCAUUGGAGGGACACAACACCGUUUUCCCACAAUAAAUUCCAUAAUUUGGUGUUUUGUUCAUGGUGGUGGAAAACUCUGCCUCAGGCAUGAUCUGGUGAAUGAGGCAUGCAUGCAUGCACACACACACACACACACACACACACACACACACACACACACACACACACACACACACACACACACACACACACACACACACACACACACACUUUAAACCCCCCUAAGCUCCUUUGAGACCCCUCUUUCAAAGUCAAUGAGAUUUCUUAUUCUAGUCAUGCCAAAACAAUGGGAAACUGGGCAUUUUACAUAUGACCCUAAGCAUGAUGGGAUGUUAACUGCUUAAUUAACUCAGGAACCACACCUGCGUAAAAGUACUUGCUUUCAAUAUAAUUGGUAUCACUCAUGCAGGGCUAUAUUCAAUCAGAUCCGCUUUAGCCGACAUCCAGAUAGCGGUUGUUUUGACGUGUCAGAGGUGGAACUGUGUUACAGCUGUCAAAUCCACAAGCGGCUCCUGGCAUUAUAGCCUACCUAAAGGGGACGUUGCCAUUGACUGCACGGAGUCGCAUUAAGAUAAAUCUCCUGCAGCCUUGUUUACAGGUUUGAACGCUGGAAUGUGAGAUGUAAUCUACACCUCGAUUAGGCUGAUAGAAAUCCUCAUUACUUUAAUGAUUUUUGAUUUGAACAUCAUUAUUUCUGUAUAGCCUACACUCUCGUUUUGAACUUUUAAUGCAAGGGUGAUUGAUGGGUUACAAUGAUCAAGAGCAGCUGCUCUCCAAUUUGACAGCUCCAAACGCAGUUACACCUUCGACACCGCCAGAACAUCAGUUAUGAGGGUGGCGGCUACCGCCAGUUAAUGCUUGGUCUGAUUGAGUCUAGGCCUUACUCAAGUGUUUCCUUUAUUUUGUCAGUUACCUAUACAUUCUGUCUGUUUGUCAUCACACAAGAAAUCGCUGAGGUGAUACCUUUUCGAGUUAUGAGCUCAGGCCACACUGGCGGCUGCGUGAAUCAUUUAUCCUGUCAUUUGAUUUGACAAAACAGCUAGAGAAAAGAGGGACAAAAUAAAGUAUUUUUGUAGCUUUGUUGAUUCUUUGUUGGUUGGUUCAUGUGUGGUUCACAAUAGAUGUGUUUAGAUUUCUGUUAUCUUGUUUGUUGCAUAAAUUGACUUCAUCCCUAGAGAACUUGGGAAAAUGUAUCAUAAUUGAAUCUGAUAUUUGGUAACCAACAUAAAGCAUUAGCAUCCACACA